AUGUUUAACGAAGACCAAGAAAGGGCUCACCGACUAGGGUUUGGUUUCAGGGGGUCUAGAUCCGUUUUAGUGUACAUACAUCUGCACGCACGGGUGGCCGCAGAGAAAAGCGAGGGGUUCAGGAAAACGUCCACGCCAGCAUAUACGGCAAACGGACGGUUUGUGGUCCAGUGGCAAAACCGCCAAGGAAUUUGGCAGCUGGGGGUGAAACUGGGCAGGUUCUAUCACAACCAUAGCGUAUUGAGAGAGACGUAUGCUACGUAUCCAUGUGCGCGCGGCGUAUCGGAUGUUGUGGUUGCACCGCGUGUGGAAGGGAUGCUUGCCGUUGGAGCGAAACGUUCCAAAAAUUUUGACUACUUGCUGGAGCACGAACAGAACGUGAUUAAAGCUGAUGUGGACAAUAUGAUGCAAGCUUUUGCGUCGUCAGUGUCGUCGCUGGACGACAAAUAUGCUACUGCUGCUGAAGUUGGUGCCUUGGACGCGGCUGACCCAAUGAAUUGUACGAGCAUAGCUGAAACUGAGAACGGGGAGACUGGGGUGAUUUCGUUGGGUACAGCGUGCAUGCGUCAGAUGUUCAGCCGCUUUGGAGAAGUCCUGUUGGUCGAAUGUACGCGCAAAACUAACAGCUUUUAA